GCCGGUGCCGGGCCAGACGGCCGCUUAGACAGGAGAGGGGCUGCGGAGCGCAGGUGCCCGGCGGUUCCAGCCCGGCGAGGGACCCUGUGAGGCCGCGGAGGAGACGCCGCUAAGUUCAUUGCAGGUGGGACUCAGCGGGGCGGGGCGCAGCGCGAGCCGUUCCCGGGCGCCCCGGUCCUCGGCGUCCGUGAGUGUUCUAUGGGCCCACGGCCCUGCCCACCCUCUGAGGCCGCGGGCCGCCGCCCUGGCACCAUGAAGGCCGAAGGGUUUUCCUCGAGGGCCACGCCCCGGCCGGAGGGGGCUGCGGAGAGGCCGAGCUGCUGAGCCACCCCUGUCGCCGGGCCCUGCCUGUAGGACGUCGGGGCCCGCCGCCCGGCUCUCGUGUCCGCGCCGCAGUAGGCGCCCUAUCGCCGGCUCUGACAUGGAGGAGGGGGCAGCUGGUCCGGGGAGCCCCCUCCCGCCCGCCAUGAAGGCAGAGACCGCGACCGCGGCGCAGAAGCCCCCGGCCGGGCCCAGCCUCAGUCACCUGCUGAGUAGCCGGAAGCUGGUGGCCCUGGGGGCCGUGCUCGGCUGGCUUCUGGUCAUCCACCUUCUGGUCAACGUGUGGCUCCUGUGCCUUCUGUCUGCGCUGCUGCUGGUGCUGGGAGGAUGGCUGGGCGCCGACGCCAUCGUGGGGCCUUCGGGUCGGCUGCACCUGGAGCGCUUCAUCCCCAUGGCUGUCUGCCCCCCAAACCCCGAGGCCGAGAGGCAGCUGGAGCAGGAGAUCGACCGCACCAUCCGGAUGGUCAUGCGGGACUUCGUGUCGUCCUGGUAUCGCACGGUGAGCCAGGAGCCCGCCUUCGAGGAGGAAAUGGAGGCAGCCAUGCGAGGGUUGGUCCAGGAGCUCCGGAGGAGGAUGGCCAGGGUGGACAGCCAUGCUCUUGCCCAGAGGGUUCUCACUCUCUGUGGUUGUCACUUGCAGAGCUAUCUUCAGGCAAAGGAGGCCACGACGGGGAAGCAGAGUGGCAUAGAUGAGCCCUCCCAGCUCUGGGAGGCUUACUGCCAGGCCACCGCCCCACAUCCUGCAGUACAGAGUCCCAGGGCUGAGGUCGCCUACACACGUGGCAUUGUGAACGUGUUGCUUCAAGGCCUAGUGCCAAAGCCCCACUUGGAGACCCGGACCGGCCGCCAUGUAGUGGUGGAACUCAUUACUUGCAAUGUCAUGUUACCACUGAUCAGCAAGCUCUCAGAUCCGGACUGGAUCCACCUUGUGCUAGUGGGCAUCUUUUCCAAGGCCAGAACUGGCCCAGAAGGAGUGGGUAAACCACUCUGCCCAGCCAGUGCCCUGGAACAGCCCUCAGUGCCCACAUCUCUGCCACUGAUUGUGGAGGUCCAGAGUCUAGCAGAUGCGAGAGCCCCUUCUCCAGCCCCAGUGCUCCUAAACUAUAGUGAGCCUUCACACCCCUCCCCAGAAGUCGAAGAAGGCCGUGAAGCACUGGAGGGAGAUUUGGGGGGAGUGCUAGAAGAGAGAGAAGUAGGAAACAACUCUUCUCACUUCCUGCAGCCUCUGUUCUUGUCCGAAGAUGCAGAGCUGGAGUCUCCGUUGUCUGAACUGGGCAAAGAAACCAUCAUGCUCGUGAACCCAGGCACCUUCCUCUCUGCCAGGAUUCAGGACUCCCUGUGUGCCCUAGGGGGUUCCCAGGCUCUGGAGUCUAAGGAUGAAGAGGGAUCUGAAGGAAUUGAAGGGGCAGAAGCUGAGGAGGGCCCAGGAACAGAAACAGAGACCGGCCUGCUUGUCUCCAUGCUGAAUUCCUGCCCAGAGAUCCAGAUUGACACAGUAGACAAGGACGAAGAGCAGGGAGAUGUCACCUCUCUUACAACUUUGCUGGCCAGUCCAGAAAGGAUGUGUCCCCCACGACCCUCAUGCUUAGAGAAAGAUCUCACCGAUGGUGUGAGCUCCCUAGAUCCUAGUCUCCCACAGGUACUGCUCUCCUCCUCUCCACCUGGUCCCUUCAGCUCAACCACCUUCAGCUUUGAGCCCCUGAGCAGUCCAGAUGGCCCCGUUAUCAUCCAGAACCUUCGUAUUACCGGCACCAUUACUGCUCGAGAGCACAGUGGCACCGGAUUCCACCCAUACACGCUCUACACGGUGAAGUAUGAGACCGCCCUUGACUGCGAGAGCAGCAGUGGCCUGCAGCAGCUGGCCUACCACACCGUGAACCGCCGUUACCGUGAGUUCCUGAAUCUGCAGACCCGUCUGGAGGAGAAAUCCGAUCUACGAAAGUUCAUCAAAAGUCAGGAGUUACCCCAGCCCCAGAAUGCCUGCUUGCUGUUCACAUCGAGCCACCCUGAUCUGAGAGGCUGGAGGCCUGUUGAUGUGAAGGGUCCUAAGAAGCUCUUUCCGGAUCUUCCAUUUGGAAACAUGGAUAGUGACAGAGUGGAAGCCCGCAAGAGCCUCUUGGAAUCAUUCCUGAAGCAACUCUGUGCCAUUCCUGAGAUCGCUAACAGUGAGGAGAUGCAGGAGUUCCUUGCUCUGAACACAGAUGCUCGUAUUGCUUUUGUCAAGAAACCGUUCGUGGUCUCCAGAAUAGACAAGGUGGUGGUGAGCGCUAUCGUGGACACCUUGAAGACAGCAUUUCCUCGCUCUGAGCCCCAGAGCCCCACAGAGGAGCUGAGUGAGGCCGAGACAGAAAGCAAGCCCCAGCCAGAAGGCAAGAAGGCUACCAAGUCCAGACUGAGGUUCUCAUCCAGUAAAAUUGCUCCAGCACUGAAUAUAACUGAGGCACACGAGAAGAUUCUCUAUUGUCUCCGGGAGGGCAGUGUGGAGUCAGAGAUCCUCUCCAUGUCUGGGAUGGAAUCCUUUAUUGAAAAGCAGACAAAGUUACUAGAAACGCAGCCAGCAGAAGCCCCAGGAAAAGAUUCUGAACAAAUCUCCAAGGGAUGUGUGGAUGACUGCGUGUCAGGUGCAGCCUUGCCAGCCCAAGACCUCAGCAACAGUGAUCCAGGAACAGAGACAGAGCUGGCUGACACGGCCCUGGAUCUGCUUCUCUUGCUGCUGAUGGAGCAGUGGAGAUGGCUGUGUACGGAGAACGUGCAGAAAGUUCUUCGUCUCAUCUUUGGGACCCUGAUUCAGAGGUGGCUAGAGGUGCAGGUAGCUACUCUGACGUGUCCUCAGCGCUGGGUGCAGUACCUCCGGCUUCUUCAGGAAUCCAUCUGGCCUGGCGGGCUUUUGCCUGAGUAUCCUCGACCCGUAAGGACCAAGGAGCAGAAGGCGGCUGCUGAGAAACAGGCUUUGCAGAGCCUGAUGGGAGUCCUGCCAGAUAUCGUCGUAGAAAUCCUUGGGGCGAACAAAUGCCGGCUGAGCUGGAGUCUUGUCUUGGAGUCACUGCAGCAGCCCCUCAUCAACCGGCCUGUUCUUCCUGACAACCUGCCUGCCCCUCUCACCGUGUCUGCUCACUCUCGCACCUCAAGGCUCCUGGCUUUACCUCAUCACAGGCAUUUGAUUUACUGCCUUUGGGACGUCAUCCUGGAAUUCUUGGAUCUCAGUGCCUCUGCUGAGGUGUCCGCCAUAACCAGCUCUGCCGCAGACACCCCAGGCAGCCCCAGGAAGAUGGGCAUCUCCCCUUAACCGGAGGUUAUUUCACCCAUUUCUUCGAAGCAGGCGAUGAGGGGGUAUAUGGACCAGUUGCAUGCAUACCCAUUUCCAUGCCUCUUUGGUGGUGUUUGGACUGUUGCUGGUGGGCGGAUCCUGCUUCCUUUGGAAAAGGAAGCUGUGAGGUAGAGGAAUGAGCCCCUUUUGCCUCUCCUUUGCCCUCCUCCCUAAGGUUGUUUGCCGACAGCCUGGCCCUGUGCACACGUGUGCCUCACGCACCAGUGCAGGCUCUAGGUAGACCAGGAGAAAAACCAUAGCCAGAUUUUCUUAGAGAAGACAAUCUUCUGAGUUCUCUGUUCCCACCAGGAAACUGAAAAUUCAUUUGGGACCACUCUUGAAAGCCAGACCCCUGGUCCUACCUAGCUUCCCAACAGCCCCGCAAGAGGGAGGGAAGCCUUUCUCAAGGCGUGCUUCCAGCACAUCGGCCCCGUAGAGGGUGUCACUGCAGGCUUUCUCCCUGGGUGGCUGUACUCUUCCUGUCCCAAAGACCUCAGCACAGACUGACAACACUUCUGGUAGAUCCACCCGACCCUCCGUACCCUCUCCUGAAAGACAGCUGCACCGCAGGUUUUCUUUACUAGCUUUCUAACCCGCUCCCCAAGAGCAAGUGAGUUUUGACCUUUGUGGCCUCCUCAGUCUUUCUUCAACCCAAUCGGAUGGCAAGUUGCAUAUUCAGCCCAGAGCUGCCCGAGGGAAGGGAAGCACUUGCUUCUUGGCUGAGAAUGCCCAGAGGAGUGAGGGUUCUCUCUCUGCAGGUCUCUGGCAGGGAACUUUAACUCUAAGCCAAGAACAUUAGCGGCUUACCCAGAAACAGCUUUUUACUUCCUGUUCCUUCAGGAUCUAAUUAGUCUUGAAGAGCACCAGUGGUGAAAGCAAAGGCAUGGCGUCCAUUAGAAAGACGGACAAUUCGUAGAAAUUGGUGGAAGGAAAGGAGGGACGGAGAGCCAGGAGGUAGGCGCUGCACGUAGGUCUCACCGCGGGGGGUUCGCUCACCCUCGUCCCUUUAGCUUGCGCUUGCUGGGGCGUGCCUGAUGCCACUGAACUGGGACCCUUCCACUUGGAGGAGGGUCUUGGGGUUGGACUGGCGAGAACAGGGUGGGUCUAGGACAAGUGUCAAAGUUCUCUUAGAUUAAAACGGCUCACGGGAGAAAGCUGUGAAAUCUUUCUGCUUCCCCGCACCCCACCCCGGAAGGCUUUUAACCAUCAAACAUGUAGUGAGGUAAUUGGGGGCUUUAGUGGUACUGUUAGUGCCUAAAGGCAAGGGGAUGAAUAAGGUCAUGUCACUUGGUUCCUUCUGCCUUAAAAGUUGAUUGUUGGGCUUCCCUGGUGGCGCAGUGGUUGAGAGUCCACCUGCCGAUGCAGGGGACGCGGGUUCGUGCCCCGGUCCGGGAAGAUCCCACAUGCCGCGG